AUGUCUCCCAGCCGCUCCAGACUAUGGCCCUCCAUACUGUCAGUGAUGUUGCUUACUGCGUCAACUACAAUAAACCCAGUGUUAGGUGGUGGUAAUCUCGGCACCCUGUCUGGAUCAACGCUAACAUCUGGCGCCCUAACUCUGACUGCCAUCGUAUCCCAACUCGCCACGACACUCAACCCGGCCUUGUCGACCGACUGCUCAACAGCUAUAAGUAACCAGCUCUUGCCCACAUUCUCGUCUUGUGGUGGUCUGCAGCUCUUCCAGCUACUCGGAGGUGGUACUCUAAGUCAAACAAACACUGGAUUAACAGCUUCGCUAUGCUCCACCCCGCAAUGUGCAAAUGCACUGUAUGCAUUUGACAAUGCUACAUUGGCCGUAUGUGGAAAUAUAAACACUGCUAUUGUAAAUCCCGCAAACACUACCACCGCUAUUGCCGGAACCAAUCUAUUAUCGCUGCUAGCAGGUCUCGGUGUAAACCAACUCAGCAGCGGCCUAAACUCGUCUCUAGCACUGGCAUGUCUCACAACCGCAGACGGGACCGGAUACUGUCUAAACCAGCUCGCAUCAUCCAUCGCAGUCGCAGAGGGGCUCAACGCAGACGCUGACGUAAAUCUAUUCGACACUCGAGCACAGUCCUUGCUCGCUACCCCACAAAUAGCAUGUACAGACUGUGUGCGACGACAGGUCGCCACAGCUCUCGCCGAUAAAACAUCGUUGGCGUAUCAGCUGGCUCAGGCUAAUAUCGCUGCCUCGCAGAUCGGGUUGUCGCAAUGUAGCACAUCGUCGUCGACAUCGCCUGCUAUAUCCGUUGCUACUGCUGCGGCUGGUAACUCGUCGUCGAAUAUAGGUAAAGCUAGUGGACGGGGACAGAACAGUGCUUCGUCAAAGAUGGACACUGUUCAUGCCAUUGUAAUGAUUCCGUUGGUGCUUGUAUUGUCGGUUAUUGCUUCCUUGUAA